CUCACACCCGACUCCCUUCUGCUAUAAAUUGCUUCUCUCGGGUCGUCGUUCUUAAACUCUCCCUCUGUCGAUUGUCUCAGUCCUCUUUCUAUGUUUGCAUAGCGAUCGGAAAAGAGGCUAAUUAAUUGCUUCGCUUGCGAUCGGGGAUCGAGGUGGGGGGUUGCCGCCGUGUUUCUUUGGAUCUCGAUCUGGCCAUGGCGGAGCCUUCCGAUCGUCGGUUCUUGGUGGGCUACGCGCUCUCGCCCAAGAAGCAGCAGAGCUUCAUCCGUCCCUCUCUCGUGCGCACCGCUCGCGACCGCGGCGUCGAUCUUGUCCCCAUCGACCCCUGGCGGCCCCUCGCCGAGCAGGGUCCCUUCGACUGCGUGAUCCACAAGCUCUACAGCAAGGAUUGGAGGUUCCAGCUCGCAGAUUUCGCCGCCAAGAACCCCGGCGUCCCAAUCGUCGACCAACCCCUCGCCGAUAUCGAGCGCCUUCGCAACCGCAUCACCAUGCUCCAGUUCGUCUCCGGGCUCAAUGUCCCUCAUGGGACGGAGACCUUCGGGGUCCCAAAACAAAUGCUGGUCAAUAGCUGGAGGUCAGUCUGCUCCUCUAUGAGAACCUACCUCGAGUUUCCCGUCAUCGCCAAGCCCCUGUUCUCCGACGCCAGCCCUAAGUCUCACAGGAUGACCCUUCUCUUCAACCGACGCGCUCCCAUGCUCGGGGUUCAGCCUCCUAUGGUGGUGCAGGAGUUCAUCAAUCACAGAGGGGUACUCUUCAAGGUCUAUGUGGCUGGAAAUUACGUGCAAUGUGUGAGAAGAAAGUCCCUCCCGGACGUACCACCUAGACGGCACCAUCCCGUCGAAUCUCUCUCUUUCUCUCGUCAAUGCAACACGCCCUUGUACGAGCAUCUAGAAGGGGCAGAGCUGCCUCCACAGAGCUUUCUCGAGAAGAUAGCAAGGGGCUUGCGGCAGGCUACGGGCUUGCGCCUCUUCAACUUCGACAUGAUAAGGGAUGCGGAUGCCCGCGACCAUUACUUCAUCAUCGACAUCAAUUACUUCCCCGGCUACUCCAAGAUGCCUGGUUAUGAAGAAUUUGUAACCAACUUUUUAUGGGACAUGGUUCAUGAGAAAGGGGAAUCUGAUGCUGGCAGUUCUUCUUUCUCCGCCACGGACUGAUGGGAUGGAUCCAUGGUGGUUUGUUUCUCCAAUUUUCUUUUCUUGUAAACUCUAAUAACGUUCUUGGUUUCAGAAUAUUGUACCUUCUUUCUUUGAGCUAAUUCUUCGUUUCAGAUUGUUUGACCUGAAUUUUUCAGUCAGUCAGAAUUCCAUUCCUUUUAC